AAGUGUUUGAGGAAGUGGCGCCUGUCUCGCGGCUCUGAGGGCCCCGCGCGUUCAUGUCUUCGGGGCGGCGCCCGCGCCCCGCCGCCAGCGUUAGCAGGACUUCAGUAUGAGCUGGUCACCUUCCCUGCCAACCCAGACAUGUGGGGCCUGGGAAAUGAAAGAGCGGCUUGGGACAGGGGGAUUUGGGAACGUCAUCCGAUGGCACAAUCAGGAGACGGGCGAGCAGAUCGCCAUCAAGCAGUGCCGGCAGGAGCUCAGUCCCCGGAACCGCGAGCGCUGGUGCCUGGAGAUCCAGAUCAUGAGGAGGCUGAACCAUCCCAACGUGGUGGCUGCCCGGGACGUCCCUGAAGGCAUGCAGAGCCUGGCUCCCAAUGACCUGCCCCUGCUGGCGAUGGAGUACUGUCAGGGCGGGGACCUGCGCAAGUACCUGAACCAGUUUGAGAACUGCUGUGGCCUGCGGGAAGGAGCCAUCCUCACCUUGCUGAGCGACAUUGCCUCUGCACUUCGGUACCUUCAUGAGAACAGAAUCAUCCAUCGGGAUCUGAAGCCAGAAAACAUUGUCCUGCAGCAAGGGGAGCAGAGAUUAAUACACAAAAUUAUUGACCUGGGAUAUGCCAAGGAGCUGGACCAGGGCAGCCUCUGCACGUCCUUCGUGGGGACCCUGCAGUACCUGGCCCCCGAGCUGCUGGAGCAGCAGAAGUACACGGUGACGGUGGACUACUGGAGCUUCGGCACCUUGGCCUUCGAGUGCAUCACUGGCUUCCGGCCGUUCCUGCCCAACUGGCAGCCGGUGCAGUGGCACUCCAAAGUCCGGCAGAAGAGCGAGAUGGACAUCGUGGUGAGCGAGGACCUGAACGGGGCCGUGAAGUUCUCCAGCUCGCUGCCGCACCCCAACAACCUCAACAGCGUCCUGGCCCAGCGGCUGGAGAAGUGGCUGCAGCUAAUGCUGAUGUGGCACCCGCGCCAGAGGGGCACCGACCCCGUCUACGGGCCCAACGGCUGCUUCAAGGCCCUGGACGACAUCUUGAACUUGAAGCUGCUUCAUGUCCUGAACAUGGUCACGGGCACCCUGCACACCUACCCCGUGACCGAGGACGAGAGCCUGCAGAGCCUGAAGACCCGCAUCCGCCAGGACACAGGCAUCCUCGAGGAGGACCAGGAGCUGCUGCAGGAGGCGGGGCUGGCCCUGAUCCCCGACAAGCCCGCGGCCCAGUGCCUCUCAGAUGGCAAGCUGAAUGAGGGCCGCACGCUGGACAUGGACCUCGUUUUCCUCUUUGACAACAGCAGGGUCACCUAUGAAAGCCAGGUCUCCCCACAGCCCCAGCCUGAAAGCGUCAGCUGCAUCUUGCAAGAGCCCAAGAGGAACCUCCCGUUCUUCCAGCUGCGGAAGGUGUGGGGCCAAGUCUGGCACAGCAUCCAGGCCCUGAAGGAAGACUGCAGCCGCCUGCAGCAGGGCCAGCGUGCGGCCAUGAUGAAUCUUCUGCGGAACAAUAGCUGUCUGUCCAAGAUGAAGAACUCCAUGGCCUCCAUGUCUCAGCAGCUCAAGGCCAAGCUGGACUUCUUUAAAACCAGCAUCCAGAUUGACCUGGAGAAGUACAGGGAGCAGACAGAGUUUGGGAUCACGUCGGACAAGCUGCUGCUAGCCUGGAGGGAGAUGGAGCAGGCCGUGGAGCUCUGCGGACGGGAGAACGAGGUAAAGCACUUGGUGGAGCGGAUGAUGGCUCUGCAGACGGACAUCGUGGACCUGCAGCGCAGCCCCAUGGGCCGGAAGCAGGGCGGGACGCUGGACGACCUAGAAGAGCAGGCGCGGGAGCUUUACCGCAGGCUGAGGGAGAAACCGAGAGACCAGCGGACUGAUGGUGACAGUCAGGAAAUGGUGCGGCUGCUCCUCCAGGCAAUCCAAGGCUUUGAGAAGAAAGUGCGAGUGAUUUACACGCAGCUCAGUAAGACCGUGGUCUGCAAGCAGAAGGCCCUGGAGCUGCUGCCCAAGGUGGAGGAGGUGGUCAGCCUGAUGAGCGAGGACGAGAAGACGGUGGUGCGGCUGCAGGAGAAACGGCAGAAGGAGCUCUGGAACCUCCUGAAGAUCGCGUGUAGCAAGGUCCGGGGUCCCGUCAGCGGGAGCCCGGACAGCAUGAACGCCUCCCGCCUGAGUCACCCCAGCCAGCUGAUGUCGCAGCCCUGCGCGGCUCCUGACGGCUUGCCCGAGGCCGCCGAGAAGAGUGAAGACCUGGUGGCUGAAGCUCACACCCUGUGCACCCAGCUGGAGAACGCCCUGCAGGACACCAUGAAGGAGCAGGACCAGAGUUUGAGGUGCCAUCCUGCUGUUUGGGGCUUUCCGUGUCUCCUCCUUGGUGCUCUUCCUCCUUUGGGCCCUGUAUGUUUCGACCCUUGCACUGCCUAUUUGCUUCUGCCAGAGGGAAAGGAAGUCUGGCCAGGUGGUUCCACCUGGUUAGCCUGGAGCUGGAGAGUUAAGACGAGCCCUGGGCACCUGGGCGUUCAGUGAGCAUAGGUCAGUGCUGUGAGCUGCAGGAAUCACACUUAAAUCGCCUGGCCAGAGUCUCAGGGGCUCCACGCCCUUCUGAAGAUAAGCUCCUACACGGUCUUGAAGACAUAGCUCCAGCUCUGGGGUCCCUUGCAGAAACUCGACUGUCAAUGAAAGGCUCUAGCCUUCCUUCUAAAUCGUGCUGGUUGCCUCCCAAAGAAGAAAACCAGGUACCUGGGUGGCCGCAGGGUUGUUAAUGAGCCCGUUGACUUUCAGUCUCUAGACUGGAGCUGGUUGCAGUCGGAGGAGGAGGAACAGCAGGGCCUGGAGCGGGCCUCGUGACGGUGGGCGGCCCUGGCCCCAGUGGGCCGCCUUGCCCAAGGCCCCAGCGUCAUCGCGCCCGGCGUCCUUGGCACCCAGACAGAGAUCGCGCUCCUCCAGCAGCCAUGACGGUCGCUGUGGACCGAAGGCGUGGCCCUCCAUGGGCACAGCCAGCAGCUCGUCCGCUCGCUGGAUUUCCUCUGCUGCAGAGGCCCAGUGGACGUGGAUGCCGGGGGGCGGCGUGUAGGAGAUGUCUCCGGGGCUGCCACUGCCCCUGCGAGGGGAGAGGAGUGCUCCAGGCUCAGUGGCCACACCUGACUGACUCCCAGGACGAAGUCUGAGCGGCGCUCGGUGCCAGCUGUCUCCUCCUGACCCCUCCUGCUCUCCAGAGGAGAUCUGUCUGCGUAGCUCAAGUUUCUGGAUUCGGCUUCUCUUGAGCAGACCUCCAAACCCCGGAUCCUGCCCUGUCCCAUCCUCCUUUCUCCUCUGAUCUCACUGCUGCUAACGUUUGUCCUUCCACCUGCGAUCUGCAGCCAGGCUGUGGUCCUUCCAGCCAGCGUGACUGGAGCCAGGAGGGAAAAGCAUCUCCCUUCCUGCGGGUCCCAAAGAGUCCCUGGGAGCGAGCUGCCUUGGAGAAGAAGGAAAGACGGAAAGGAUGUCUGUCACCCACGAGCCUGCUGACCCCCUGUGCCCACAGCCCUGCCCCGUGUGCGGCCGUGGAGGGGGCGGGGGAGGUCCUGCCCCUCAUAUCCUCUUGCGGUAUUAUUUAGUGAAUGUAUUUAAAAAACAGAUUCUCUAUUUUGCAACAUGACUCAGAUCCCACUGUCUAUUUUUAUAAUACCUCUGGUUAGGACUUAACAAACUCAAAAACCCAACUGCAAUGGAACGUUUGAUGAAAUUGAACGGUGCCAGGGCCCGCGCUGCCUCUCUGCUGUCUCACAGAAGCUUCUCUGUGUAACAGAGGGACAGCACGGUGAGCUCGGAUGAUCCCAGGCAGGCAAGUUUGGUUGGAGAAGAAAGCCGGACGAGAAGAGUUUCACAGAGUGCCUUCCGUGGAGGCGGUUCUGUGGGUUCCAUGUACAGGAAGUUUGGGCAACAACGGUUCAUGCUUUAAGUGCCUCUUAGAAAUUCACAUUGUGCACUGGUGUACUGAAGGAUGGAAAGUCCCGUGAUAAUGAAGUGAAGUGAAGUGAAGUCCCUCAUUCGUGUCUUUGCGACCCCAUGGACUAGUACGCUCCUCCGUCCAUGGGAUUUUCCAGGCAAGAGUACUGGAGUGGGUUGCCAUUUCCUUCUCCCGUGAUAAUAAACUGGUUUAAUU